AUGGCGAAGAAGAAGAGAAAGGCGCCUCAGUUCGAGGCAUGGUGCUGGUACUGCGAUCGAGACUUCGAGGACGAGAAAGUUCUCCUGCAGCACCAAAAGUCGAAGCACUACCGAUGUCCGCAAUGUCCCCGACGACUCAACACGGCAGGCGGUCUGUCCGUACAUCUCACACAGGUGCAUAAAGCAGAACCGGACAGGAUCGAGAACACAUUGCCCGGGCGAGAUUCGUUCGAGACGGAAAUCUACGGGAUGGCAGGCAUCCCCGAGAAGGACUUGGAGGAAUGGAAGGCGCGACGUGCGCUACAGAAAGCGGAUGGCAACGUGCCGACAGAGAACAAGCGGCCACGAAUCGAGAAGCUGGUGCUGUCGAAAGAGCAAUUGCGGAUCCAGCUGGAAGCACACAAGGCACUGAUGAGCGGCAAGGCGCCGAUACCGGGCAUGGUGCCAGGCUUUGGUGCGGCGGGGCCAUACUCUGUGCCUCCACCAGCGCUGAUGCCGGGCUAUGGAGCACCACCACCCAACUUUGCCAGACCACCGCCCGGCUUUGGUGCACCACCAUCCGGGCUCCCGACAGCCGACACGGCGAGGAUUGGGCCGCCCUCCACCCAGCAGCAGGCAGCGCCACAGUCGAGGGACGACGGGCGUGAGGCGCAUAAAACAAAAGCCGCGGAUCUCUUCUGA